AUGGAGGGCAAUGUGAAAAAGGCCAAAGAAGAGCAGCUCAAGACUGCAGUUGAAAGAAACGAAAGUGGACAUGACAGUACUUCAACGGCACCAGAAACCCUUACAACUGCGCGGGAGCCUACAAGAGCAGCGCAGGGUUGUCCAGUCUCGCCAGAGCGAAGACGUGGUUCCUGUUCGGAAUUUCGUGAACUACCAGCUCCUCCCAAUACAGAAAAUGAUAGGAGCCCGCGUAGAGAUAAAGGGGACGACACCGCUUCUGAUGGUCCGAGCAACAUCAGAGAAUGA